AUGAAAAUAAUUAAUAAAAAAAAAGUUUUAAGUGCAUUUGGAGACACAUGGGAACAUAUGAUUGAAUAUAUUAUAUCCCUUAAGGAACAUAAAAAUCUUAUGAAAAUAUAUGAUAUAUAUGAUGAUGAUAAAAACUUUUACAUGAUUAUGGAAAAGCUACAUGGAAAAGAAUUAUUCAGUUUUUUAGUUUACAAAAAACAAGUCAAAGAAAAUGUAUGUAAAUAUAUACUUAGUCAAAUAUUUCAAGCCGUUAAUUAUUUACAUCAUCAUAAUAUUAUUCAUAGAGAUAUAAAACCAGAAAACUUAAUGUUCAGAAAUAAAAAAAGAAAAGAUGAAACAUAUGAGUAUAAUUAUGAGCUAGUUCUCAUAGAUUUCGAUACCUGUCAGUUUAUAUCCCCAUAUGAAUCGUAUCAUUACCAACACUUGUGCUCAACUGUCUCUGCUUCUGUACUGGCAGAUGUGGGGGUAAAUCUAACAAUCCCUGCAACACAUGGUACAGCACUGGGUACCGCACCGAGUGCAGGAACAAAUGCAGCUGCAUGUGCAACUCCUUAUGAAUCCACCCAGUUGUGCAAACAGACGCAGGCAAGAAACAUAGAACACAAGCAAGCUACUACAUCUGUGGAAUUGAGCAAAUUCCAACAAGGGAAAAAUGUACACAAAUCAGGAUACACUACAAUAUUAGGGAAUAAUGCAAAAAGUGGUAAUGCAUGCAGUGAAGAAGUAAUAACUAUACAUUCGACAAGUGCCAAAACACGAGAUAGUAACACUCCAAGUGGAAAUACUAACUUUUCACAAUGUAUUCAUGUUCCAAAAAAGUGCAUCAAAUCCACAUUAGAGAAAAAACAACUAAAGCUAGUUGGUACCUAUGGGUAUAUAGCACCUGAAAUCAUAAAGGGGUUCAAAUAUUCAGUGUUAUCAGAUAUGUGGUCUAUAGGAAUAAUUUUCUUCAUCCUAAUGACAGGAAUUACUCCGUUACCAAUGUGUCUCAUGGUGAACUAUAAAAAUACAAAAGAUAUACUUUUAAAAAAAGAGAAAAAAGGAAUUAAUUUUAGUUUAUUAUCAUUUAAUAAUUACCCUUUAGCUAAGGAUUUAUGUGAGAAGCUGUUACAGUUUGACCCAAGUAAAAGGAUGCCAAAUUCAUUGAUCGCUUCACACCAUCCUUGGUUAAGAUAUUUCAACAUGCUACGAAGAAAUGUUAACCUAUAUGCAUCUGAAAAAAAAUACAUAACAUGGAUUCUAAAUCAGAACCCAGUGCAAGAUUUACCCCCACUCAUGCAUAAAAAACCAUGUUAUGCGUCAAGGGAGUCAAGUGAGUCAAGGAAGUUAAGAAAUUAUAAUACCAUUCUACCAAAUCACAUGCACGCCCAUGUACAUACGCAUGCACACACACAUCCAGACACAUUCGAAAAGGAAGAAAACUGCUAUUCACCCAUACCACUUUGUAAUGAGGAAAAAAAAUACUACUAUUUUAACAAUCAAAGAAUAAAAAAUGAUGGCAACAGCAGUAGUAAUGCCGUCAUACCUCAUUAUGCAAAAACUGCACUCCUUGAAAGAUUUCCAAAUCAGCAAUCAGAUAACAUAAAUAAUGUUUUUCUACCUGUGUGCUGUGACAAUACUAAUACGACUUCUUUCAUUGGAAAUAUCAAAUUCGAAGAUAAUUACAAAAUUGUAAAUUCCUACUUUAGAAAUUCUAGCAAAAGUCUCUCAAAAGAGCCAUUGAAUGGAUCCCACGAUUUAAGAAGUAGAAACAAUUGCGUUUUCAUAAAAUCAAACGUGGGAAAAUCAGCAGAUGAAUAUGCAGCUGCCACUACUGGAACUGCCACUACUGGAAUUGCCACUACUGGAACUGCCACUACUGGAACUGCCACUAGACAGAAGAGAAGGCCAUCUCGAAAAAAAACGGGUGAUGCUUCGUCAAAAGUGAAAAAAACACAAAAUGAUGAAAUGAUAACCCUUCGAGACAGUGUUGAUUUCAAGAAUGUAAACUCUCCUUACUCAAUUGGUACGAACGAAUUGAUUCACCCGCACCAAGGGGGAGGUACAACAACUAAAAAUUGCAACAGUUAUAUAGACCUCUUUGAACGUCUAAUUGAAAAUAAAAAAAGAAAAUUCAAAACAUCAGUAUGUAUUUUUGAAGAACAGAUGGUUCCGUAUGGAAAAAAUAUACCCAUUUACAACUUAACAAAUAACGAGCAAAGAAAUGAAAGGAAUGAAAAUACUGUCAUGCUAAUAAAACAAAAUGAAUACAUUAACUUGCAACAACAGAAGAUGGAAGAUUACCUACCAACACAAAAUGUUUCUGAAAUUUUAUCAUCCCCUAUGCAUUUCAUUCCACAUAAUGAUCUCAUGAAAACUAUGAUUCAACAGGAAAUAGAAAUUCCAUAUGACUUUACUCAAAGUAGGAAAAUACAUGUAACAAAUAAUCAUAUAAACUUAUCACACACACCAGUAAGGUCCAAUAUGCUUUUUUUCCCUACAGUUCCUUCUUCACCCAUUUCGCUCACUUCACCCAUUUCGCCCUCUUCACCCAUUUCGCCCACUUCACCCAUUUCGCCCACUUCACCCAUUUCGACCUCUUCACCCAUUUCGACCUCUUCACCCAUUUCGACCUCUUCACCCAUUUCGACCUCUUCACCCAUUUCGCCCUCUUCACCCAUUUCACCCUCUUCACCCAUUUCGCCCUCUUCACCCCCUUCUCUACCACCACCACCUGCUCCUCAACUUCAUUGUAUUCCUCUUCCCUUUGAAUAUUGCCAUUCAAACGAAGUACUCAAUACUAGUGAUGAUAUGACCAGUUCCAUUUACCGUAACAAUAAAAACUGUUAUAACAGUUGUUAUGCAAAUAUCCCACCAAAUGUUUAUAAACAUUGCGAAGAAAGUUUCAUGUAUGAUACACCAUUCAGCUAUACUACUGAAGAAAGAAAAAACCACUUGAAUGUGAAAAAUAAUAAAAACAGUUUAUGUACUGAAUACAAUAUUCCUAACACAAAUUUGAUAAAAAAUGGAAUCCAUAAUAAGAUACAAAGGAAUCGUUAUAAGGAACUUAUGAAUGUCAACUGUCAUAAUCUGUACAAAAAUAAUAUCAAAAUGGUUCCAAACUUUUUCAGAGAUCAUUAA